AAAACUAAGAAAACUAACAUCUCUCUCUCUCAGCUAAGUGUGUGAGUGCAGGAAAAUGGCACAGGCCGGUGUUUCAGUAGAUCAGUUGACACUGGAUCACUUCAGCUGUCCAAUCUGUCUGGAUUUCCUGAAGGAUCCAGUGACUACACCCUGUGGACACUGUUUCUGUAAGGUGUGUAUUAAUGGCUUCUGGGAUGAGGAAGAUCUGUGGAGGGUUUACAGUUGUCCCUAUUGCAAAGAGCCUUUUACUCCAAGGCCUGUUCUACAAAGGAACAACAUGCUGGCUGAAGUGGUGGAGAAACUGAAGACUGAACACCAAGCUGCUCCUCCUGCUCACUGUUACGCUGGACCUGGAGAUGUGGAGUGUGAUUUCUGCACUGAGAGAAAACACAAAGCUCUCAAGACCUGUCUGGUGUGUCAGGCCUCCUAUUGUGAAGAUCAUCUUCAACCUCACUAUCAGUCUCCUGCCUUUAAGAAGCACAAGUUAGUUGAAGCCUGUGCUGAACUCCAAGAGAAGAUCUGCUCUCAGCACCACAAACCGAUCGAGAUCUACUGUCGUACUGACCAAAGCUUCAUCUGUUAUCUGUGUACGAUGGAUCAACACAGAUUCCAUGACACAGUUGCAGCUAAAGCAGAAAGAACUGAAAAACAGAACGAGCUAAAGGAGCAGCAGAUGAAAUCCCAGCAGAGAAUCCAGAAGAAGCAGGAGAAAGUGCAGCAGCUGAAACAGGCUGUGAGCAUUAUUAAGAGGCGUUCCCAGGCAGCAGUAGAUGACAGUGAGAGGAUCUUUACUGAGCUGAUCAGCUCCCUGGAGAAAAAGCGCUCGGAGGUGAAGAAGCUGAUCAGAGCUCAGGAGAAAGCUGAACUGAGUCCAGCUGAACGACUCCUGGAGCAACUGGAGCAGGAGAUUGCUGAUCAUAAGAGGAGAGUCACUGAGCUGGAGCAGCUUUCACACACACACAAUCACAUCCACUUCCUCCAGAGUUUCCCGUCUCUCUGUGUUCCUCCUGGAUGUGAGGACUCACCCAGCAUCACUGUCAAUCAACAUCUCUCAUUUGAUGGAGUGAGAAAAUCUCUCUCAGAUCUGAAAAAACGAGUCGAGGAAAUCUGUGAGGAGGAAUUUAACAACAUCUGUCCUCAAGAUGCAGCAGUUCAGAUGUUUUCACCCUCAGAACUGAAAAGCAGAAAAGAUUUUCUACAGUAUUUCUGUUAUCUGACUCUGGACCCCAACACAGCAAAUUGUCGACUCAUUCUGUCAGAGAGGAACAGAGCAGUGACACGCAGGACAGAACAGCGAUACUCGGAUCAUCCAGAGAGAUUUGACCCCUUUCCUCAGGUGUUGUGUAAGGAGAGUGUGUGUGGACGCUGUUACUGGGAGGUGGAGCAUAACCAUUGUGGUAAUGUGUUCAUAUCGGUCUCAUAUAAAGAUAUCAUGAGGAAUGAAGGGUUAAUUGAUGGAGUUUUGGGAUACAACAAUCAGUCGUGGUGUCUCAAGUGUUGUUCUUCCCAAAGUGAAGUAUAUUUCCUGCACAAUAGCAUUCUUACUGAGCUCCGAGGUCCAGCGUCCUCCAGAAUAGGAGUGUAUGUGGAUCACAGUGCAGGAACUCUGUCCUUCUACAGUGUCUCUGACACGAUGAGGCUCCUCCACAGAGUCCACACCACAUUCACUCAGCCUCUAUACGCUGGGUUCAGUAUGUGGUGGGAUAAGUCAACUAUGAGAUUAUGUGACCCAUGAAAUGUUCUUAACAGUGUAUUAUUAUUAUUAUUUAUAAUAAUAAUAAUAA